CCCGGCUCAGCCCGGCCCAGCCGGCCGCCAGCAUGUGGGGCAGCGGCAACCCCGGCGGAGGGGGCGCCGGAGUCGCCGCGGCGACGGUCGUGCUGAGCGGGACCCGGGACUGCUUCCUGCACCUGCCCGCCGUGCUGGCCUCGCACCUCCGCCUGCAGCAGGGCCAAGCUGUGAAAGUAUCCUGUGGUGAUGAGCCCAUAUACUUGAGCUGGAUGGAAAUAAGGCAUCGAGGUCACCGGAGUGAAAAUAUUGCAGAGAUGAACAGGCAUUUAGCAGAGAAACUUGGCAUUGCAGAUGGAGAACAGAUAUUCCUGGAACCCUGUUUGCACGUCUCCUCCUGUCAGCAAGUAGAAGUGGAACCACUCUCAGCAGAUGAUUGGGAAAUACUGGAACUGCACGCUCCCUCUCUUGAAAAGCAUCUUCUGGACCAGAUCCGAAUCGUAUUCCCAAAAGCCAUCUUUCCUGUAUGGGUUGAACACCACACUCACAUUUAUAUCAGAAUUGGUACACUUGUGCCAGCAGCCCCCUAUGGGAGAUUAGAACCAUGCACAGAGCUGCUGAUAUGCCCGAAAGCACGUGAGCUUGAGGAAAACAUCAUAGACAUGCCUUCUACAGAAAGUGACAUCUUACUCAAGAGUUUUGUGAAAAAUAACAUGCAGCAAGACGAAACUGUAAAGGAGCCUUUUGCCAGUCAACCUCAGUUAAAUCCAGGAGUCCCUGAACAGAGUAAGGCUGAUGCAGAUGUGACGCUUGGCUCAAAUGUUCUCCCAAAUAUGUGGAAUUUCAUAGGGAGCAUUUUCUCUCGUACAGCUGAACAGAAACAAAAGACUUUGUGUGAUAAAGAUGAAAUGAGCACCUUCAAAGACAAGUUGCUGAACUUAAUUCACAUGGAUUCCAUUUUUAGAGUUUGUCAGUCCCAGCCUCCCAGCGUACAGAAUGCAUCAGCCCUUCAUGCAUUUCUGAAAUACAAUGCCGUUCAUAUUUUUCCAUGGAAUUUAGAAUUUACUGAUUUGGAUCCAAAUGCUGUAGUUUCUUAUGGGAAAAUAAACGAGCUGCUUUCCCCCAGACAGCGUCAUCAAGAAGCAAAGCAAAAUCUGCCAUCUGAAAAGCAAAAACAUUUGCCCGGUACACAAGACAAAAAUAAUUCCAAUAGCAUUCAAGCGUCCAGUGAGGGAUCUGUUGUUCAGAUCGUUUGGAAUGGAUUUGAAGACCUAAAGAGUGUCAUAGAGUAUGGCAACGGUGGGGAAGCCCUACAUGUUGGAAGAGUUUGGAUUCCAGAUGACCUGAGAAAAAAGCUACGAAUUGAAAUGCAUUCAGCAGUCCAAAUUAAGUCACUCGAGUCUAUUCCUAAAAUUCCUAUAUCUCUUAGACUGCAACCCAAACAGAACUUACAUAAAGAUACAUGUGAAGAUGAUGUUAAAUGUGCUUUCAGUGCUUGGCUAAAGGAUUCUGCUACUGAGGAUCUUCCAUGGAUAAUGACAAGCACAAACUGCAUACAUCUGCGUAUUAAAGAAGGAAUGGAGGAGUUUGUCCUUACUGUAGUGGAUCACGUGCACACUGAAGAAGAUAAGUCUGAGAACACUUUUAUACUGAGUCCCAGUUUGCUGCAAAAGACUAAUAUACAAGUUCUUUUACACCCUGUAACUGCAAAAGCUGAUGAUGACAGCCAGCUGCCUGUGCGUGAAACAGACAGAAACCUUCCUUACAAAAGACUAAACCAUUUAGGGGGAGUGGACAAAUUAGGAGCAUCUUCUUAUGAACAUAUAAGCCACAGUCUUUUGGGUCGUCCUUUAUCUCAAAAGCUGGCUGGUAUCGCUGUGGGACUGCGAAGUGGAGGGGUGCUUCUCACAGGAGGAAAGGGAAGUGGAAAAUCGACAUUAGCAAAGGCCAUCUGCAAAGAAGCAUUUGAUAGAUUGGAUGCUCAUGUAGAAGUAAUUGAUUGCAAAGCUUUAAGAGGAAAAAGAUUAGGAAGCAUAAGGAAAAAUGUGGAAGAAGCUUUUUUAGAGGCGUCAUGGAGACAACCAUCCGUUAUUUUAAUGGACGAUCUUGAUCACAUUGUUGGAGUACCUCCUACACCAGAGCAUGAGAACAGCCCUGAGUCAGUUCAGAGCAGUAGACUUGCUUAUGUUUUGAAAGAUCUGAUAAAAGAAGUUAUUUCCUUGGGGAGUUUGAUUGCAUUAAUUGCUACAAGUCUGUCUGAACAUGCUCUACAUCCUUCCCUGGUUUCAGCUCAAGGAACUCAUAUAUUUCAGUGUUUCAAACGUAUCCAGUCACCAGAUCAGAAGCAAAGGUGUGAAGUGCUCUGUUCUGUAAUAAAAAACAAACUGAACUGCGAUGUAGAGAAGUUCUCCAAUCUUGAUCUCCAGUAUGUUGCAAAAGAAACAGAAGGUUUUGUUGCUCGAGAUUUUACUAUGCUGGUUGAUCGUGCCAUUCAUGCCUGUAUUUCUAACCAGGAUGCAUUUCAACACGGCGCAGAAUUGAAUCUGUCGACCGUGGAUUUUCAGAAAGCUUUAAAAGAUUUUACUCCAUUAGCUCUGAGAAAUGUCAGCCUUCAUAAACCUAAGGACAUUGGCUGGGAUAGGAUAGGUGGCUUAAAAGAUGUGAAGCAAAUACUCAUGGAUACCAUCAUGUUACCUGCAAAGUAUCCAGAAUUAUUUGCAAACCUGCCUAUACGACAGAGAUCAGGAGUCUUGCUCUAUGGAGCACCUGGAACAGGAAAAACACUGUUAGCAGGAGUAGUUGCUCGAGAGAGCAGAAUGAAUUUCAUCAGUGUCAAAGGACCAGAGCUGCUCAGCAAAUAUAUUGGAGCAAGUGAACAAGCAGUUAGAGAUAUCUUUAACAGAGCUCAGGCAGCCAAACCUUGCAUUGUUUUCUUCGAUGAGUUUGAUUCCAUUGCUCCUCGCCGAGGUCAUGACAACACUGGAGUUACAGACCGAGUGGUUAAUCAGCUGUUGACUCAGUUGGAUGGUGUGGAAGGUUUACAAGGUGUUUAUGUGCUAGCUGCUACUAGUCGCCCAGAUUUGAUUGAUCCUGCUUUGUUAAGACCUGGUCGACUGGAUAAGUGCCUGUACUGUCCUCCUCCAGAUCUGAGUUCACGCUGCGAAAUCUUAAAAGCUCUCAGUCAUUCUCUGUCCUUGGCAGAUGAUGUGGACCUUGAGUAUUUGGCUGCAAAAACAGAGCACUUCACAGGGGCUGACCUAAAAGCUUUAUUAUACAAUGCUCAGUUGGAGGCAAUACAUAAUUUAAGCUCAGGUUUAACGCAGGAUUUUGGUUCUAGUUCUGAUAGUGACUUCAGUCUGUCUUCCAUGGUUUUUCUAAACCAUAGCAGUGGUUCAGAUGACUCAGCAAUAGAUGGAGAAGCAGCACCUGAGCAAUCUCUUAUUUCUUUGGACAUGUCUGAGUUGCUUCCUGAGGAUCCAAGGUCCAACAUGUAUCGUCUUUAUUUUGGAAGCUCUUAUGAAUCAGAACUAGGAAAUGGAAGUCCUUCAGACCUGAGCUCUUUGUGUUUGUCUGGACCAAACUCUGUAACUCACGAUUUUACCAACAUCUCUCAGAGAGACACAGCAUCAUCACAACCUUCAAUGCUUACAACAGUCUCCCAAGAAGACUCACUGGAAAAUAACCAGGAGCAGCAAAUAGAGCACCUGAGGACAGAAAUCAAUGCUAUCAAAGCCAAUUACAAAAGCAAGAAUGGAGAGGAUGGCACCCUUAAUCAGUCUGUGCUUGCCAAGAACACUUUAAUUAUUACCCAGUCCCAUUUGAUGACUGCUCUUGAGGGUAUAAGACCAUCCAUUAGCCAAGAUGACUGGAAGAAUUUUACUGAACUGUACGAUAAUUUUCAGAAUCCCAAGAGGAAAGGACAAGUUGGGUCAGCAUUCAGACCAGGACAAAAAAUGACUCUAGCAUAGUAACUUCUAAUGUGCUUGUAAUUACUGAACUGUAAAUGAAAAUGACAAAUGGGAGCUUAAUAUUUAAGUGAUUAGAUCAGAUUAUUUAUAUUCAUAUGGGUUUAUUAAUGCAGCAGUUGAAGAAAAUGUCUUUCUAGUUUACAUGCUGUAAAAUUAUUUCACAUUUUAUUUUGAAGAAAAUUGUCUUCCUGGAAAUUAAUAUUAAAUUUUUGAGAGAA